AUGGGUGUGCUUUUUCUUCUCUUCUUUGUCCUCGUGGCGCACGCUUCGAGUUCCGCGUAUAACACACAAACACCGCAAGAUUCUCGUCUCCUAAUUCUCUUUCUGGACGGGUUACGGUGGGAUUACUUCAACCACUUUGAUGAGACUGGAGGGGUUGGACGAAUGCGCGCACAGGGCUGUCACAUACCUCGUGUAAAACCGGCUUUUCCAGCCAAUUGCCAUACCAAUAUGCAUGCUCUUUUUGCUGGACAUAAUUCAACAAAUCUGGAUGUCUUUAAUGACGGGAUUAAAGCUGAGUACACGCAUCCGGAGCUGCUUUGGAACAGGGCUACCAAACAAGGCAAAAGUGUGAAGCUCUUUCACUUCCCCUUCUGCUCGAGUCUGCUUGAACGUGGCAUGGAUUGCGUCCAACCGGUAGGCGAGCAGAUCUCUCUCAAUACGACUCUGGGAGACGCCCUGCAGUCUCUUGCGAACCGCACCAACGAUCUUGCAGUUGUGUACUUUGGUGAGCUUGACCGCGUGGCUCACGCUCAUGGACCCUCCUCAGAGGAGUUGAAGCAUGGCGAGACAAUUCGAAAGGUCGAUGAGGCCAUUUUCAACGUCAUUCAAUCUCUUCAAAUUCUCCAAGAUGCAAGUCUGAACUUCGCUGUUGUUUCCGAUCACGGAAUGACCGAUUUCAGGGGUUUUCUUACGCUCGAUCGCGUCUUCAAAUGGAAGGUCAUUGGCAAAGUUGUGAACCUUGGCAGUGCAGUUGGUCUCUGGCCCAAACCAGGCGCUGAGAAAGAUCUAUCUGAAAGCCUCUCUGCGAAAAGCCACUUCCAAGUGUACACUCCACAGACUAUGCCGGUGACAUCGUGGCACCCAUCCCGACUCCCGCCUAUCGUCUUGAUUGCGGAGCCGGGUUACGUCUUCCAGGUGAGUUACCACUCGUCUGCCACCUGGGAUCACCUCCUGUCAGCCCGUGACAUUCCUCCCCAUCCUCGGGGUGUCCAUGGCUACCUCCCUGACGUUACUGACAUGCAUACUACCUUCCUGGCCUACGGACCCGCCUUCGAGUUUGGCUGUGGGGAAGAACAGGGAAGACUCUACACCUACGACCUCUUCCCACUGCUCAAUACUGCACUUUUUGGAGGAGCUGUUGUCGAAUUUACGAGAGGAGGCGAACCGAAAAUUGUUUGGGAGAUGAAGCUACUAGGAGGAAUUCUCUUUAUCCUCUUUGCGGUCGUUCUCAUCCUCGGAAUUGCGUUGAGACGUUUGCUGAAAAUUGGACGGAAGCGUGUCGACUCUUCCCUUAUCUGCGACUUCGAGGAGGUGGAUGAAGAUGAGGAAGGUCUCAAGACAGAUGCUGAGAUGAAGGCGUAUUCUGGUACCUGCGAGGACUGUAGACAGGGGGAGGACUGCCGCUGGCAGGAGGGAGUAGAAGAAGGUUUUCGUCGUCAGCACCGCGAGGUGGAUUAUCACCACCUCUUUCAGCUGUCUCUGCCGUCCCUACCACCACGAAGGAGAGAGGACGCUUUUGCCCAGCCGAUCUGGAUCCACGACCGGACGGCGCGACAGACACGGCGGCCUGCUGCUGCUGCUGCUGGCUUGGCAGGUCGCGCACGUGUGAAGGCAAUGCAGGCUGUGGGUAGACUACAACGCUUACCGGCCGUGUCUUCGUCUGACCUCUACAAUGUCCACAAAUUCACAUGUAGCUAG